CAAGCGUUAAGCUCCAAACAAAAUGCCUGAAGCUCUUUCACUGGCCAGUCAGCAGCAGCUAGUUGGUUGGGGAACCCUUGACCACUUCGUCCCCCAAGGAUAGCUAUUUAACGACGCAAGAGGUUCAAGCCGGACCUCCGCUGCUCCGCUGCUCCGUACAUGAUCCUUGCUCAGCUCCGAUUCCAACGACGCAGUCAUAAGUAGGUCAAGCUGAACGAAGACAGGAGCUCCUACAGUCCCCCUGUUGAUCGAGCUGGACGAAGAACCAUGGCGCGAAUCCCCGAAGAAAUGCCCCAGUGCCCGGAGCACUUCAAUUUCGCCGUUGACGUUGUUGACAAAUGGGCCGCAGAAACCCCUUCACCGCAGGCGCUGCUCUGGGUUGAUCAAAACGGUCGGAAUCCCCUGUCUCUCGAUUAUGCCUAUUUCUCGAAACGCUCCCACCGUGCCGCUGGGCUUCUCGCGCGUCUUGGUGUUAAAAAAGGGGAUAGAGUGAUCAUUAUCCUUCCACGCGUGCCAGCUUGGUGGGAGGUUGCUACUGCAGUAAUACGUCUCGGUGGUGUUGUCUGCCCAUGCACAACUUUGGCAGUCGCCCAUGAUAUCGAAUACCGAGCCCAGGCAUCAGGAGCCACGGUCUUCGUUGGCGACAGUGUGAGCUUAGAGAAAUUUAAUUCAGUGCGCAAAAAUUGCCCAAACGUCCGACUUGCCCUGCAAGCUGCUGGGGCUCCCCUCAAAGAUACCCUGCAAUAUUCCUCUGAAUUGGACAAAUUCCCGGAGGAAUUCCUAUUCCGUGGCGAUGGCCGCAAGACUAAAUGGUCGGACCCAUCAAUGAUCUAUUUUACCUCAGGAACAACGGGAAUGCCAAAGAUGGUGCUUCACAACCAAGUCUCAUAUCCUUUAGCCCAUGUGUUGACCGGACGUCUAUGGCUGGAUUUGGAGCCCGGGAAGCUUUAUUGGAAUUUGUCAGAGCAGGGCUGGGCGAAAGCAGCUUGGGCCUGGUUUGGUGCCUGGAAUUGCGGAGCGGCCCUCUUUGUUCAAGAGACUGUCGGCCCAUUCAGCGCAGAACAAACAUUAGACAAUCUCCAUAACUAUCCUAUCACCACCCUAUGUGCUCCCCCAACCGCGUAUCGCCAAUUUGUGCUACCUUCACGACAGGAAUACUUCCGCAGAAAUCCACCCAUGAGGCUUGAGCAUUGCGUCGGUGCGGGUGAGCCGCUCAACGACCAAGUCAUUCGGACUUGGAAAGAAAUGUGUGGGCUCGAAAUUCGAGAUGGAUAUGGACAAACAGAGACGACGCUAGUUUGCGGCAAUAUUAAAGGCAACAAGGUUAAAUUCGGCUCAAUGGGCAAACCUCUACCCGGCGUCCCAUUAACGGUUAUCACCCCAGAGGGCGAAGAAUCGCCUGCUGAAGAGGAAGGUGAAAUUGCUAUCGCCACUACGACUCCAGAAGGAUUUCAGACCCUCAAUAUCUUUUCAGGCUACUUGAAACCUGACGGCACUGUUUUGCGACCUACCCGCCAAGGAAAGGGUCGAUCAUGGUAUUUAACUGGUGAUAGAGCGUACAGAGAUGACGAGGGGUAUCUCUGGUUUGUCGGUCGUUCUGACGACGUUAUAAACUCCUCAGGCUACAGAAUUGGCCCCUUCGAAGUUGAGUCUGUACUCAAGAAACACCCGGCCGUAGUGGAAUCUGCUGUCGUAGCUUCCCCAGACGCUGCCCGCGUUGAAGUUGUGAAAGCUUUCAUCGUCUUACAAGACGAAUACAAAUCUCGUGAUUCCGCUGCUCUUAUUGCCGAAUUACAAGACUUCUGCAAGGCAGAGACCGCUCCAUACAAGUAUCCCCGGCGUAUCCAGUUCGUAGAACCGGGAUUUUUGCCCAAGACAAUAAGCGGGAAGAUCAAACGGGCUGAACUAAGGGCUUUGGAGAAGAAGAUAGUUGAGAGAGCCCAAGGUGCAAAGAUAUAACAUAGUAACGUUUAUCAUGGGAGACGCAAAUAGCGUUUACGUUCCA